GGCGGCACCGAGCGCGGACCGAGCUCAGCGCAGAGCAGCCAUGGAGGUGAUGAACAUGAUGGAGCAGCCGAUCAAGGUGACGGAGUGGCAGCAAACCUACACCUAUGACUCGGGGAUCCACUCUGGUGUCAACACCCAGGUGCCCUCGGUCAGCAGCAAGUGCCACGGGGACGAUGAUGAGGUCUAUGGCAAGCAGUACACCAUCAAGAAGACCACCACGAGUUAUUGCCAGGGGGGAGGCCAGAGCCAGAGCCAAGUGCAAGCAGCAGACAUGGAGGCUCAGCUGGCCAUGACCCGUGCCCAGCGCGUGAGGGCUGCCAUGUACCCCGAGACAGUGGAGGAUCGCUCGCUGCUGCUCAGCACCCAGCUGGAGGGGCAGCAGACCAACGUGCAGCGCCUGGCAGAGCCCUCCCAGAUGCUCAAGUCUGCCAUCGUGCACCUCAUCAACUACCAGGACGACGCCGAGCUGGCCACCCGUGCCAUCCCUGAGCUCACCAAGCUGCUCAAUGACGAGGACCCGGUGGUGGUCAGCAAGGCUGCCAUGAUCGUGAACCAGCUCUCCAAGAAGGAGGCCUCGCGCCGGGCGCUAAUGCAGUCGCCGCAGGUGGUGGCAGCUGUGGUGAGGACCAUGCAGAGCACGAGCGACCUGGACACUGCUCGCUGCACCACCAGCAUCCUGCACAACCUCUCCCACCACCGUGAGGGGCUGCUCUCCAUCUUCAAAUCCGGUGGUAUCCCAGCCCUGGUCAGGAUGCUGAGCUCGCCGGUGGAGUCUGUCCUCUUCUAUGCCAUCACCACCCUGCACAACCUGCUGCUGUACCAGGAGGGUGCCAAGAUGGCUGUGCGCCUGGCAGACGGCCUGCAGAAGAUGGUUCCCCUGCUGAACAAGAACAACCCCAAGUUCUUGGCCAUCACCACCGACUGCCUGCAGCUCCUCGCCUAUGGCAACCAGGAGAGCAAGUUGAUAAUUUUGGCCAACGGAGGACCCCAGGCCCUGGUGCAGAUCAUGCGCAGCUACAACUACGAGAAGCUGCUCUGGACCACGAGCAGGGUGCUGAAGGUGCUGUCUGUCUGCCCCAGCAACAAGCCUGCCAUCGUGGAGGCUGGUGGCAUGCAGGCGUUGGGCAAGCAUCUGACCAGCUCCAGCCCCAGGCUGGUGCAGAACUGUCUCUGGACCCUGCGAAACCUCUCUGAUGUGGCUACCAAGCAGGAGGGCCUGGAUGGCGUCCUCAAGAUCCUGGUGAACCAGCUGAGCUCCGACGACGUGAACGUGCUGACCUGUGCCACCGGCACCCUCUCCAACCUCACCUGCAACAACAGCAAGAACAAGACACUGGUGACGCAGUCCAAUGGGGUGGAGGCCCUGAUCCAUACCAUCCUGCGGGCAGGGGACAAGGAGGACAUCACCGAGCCAGCCGUCUGCGCCCUGCGCCACCUCACCAGCCGGCACCCCGAGGCCGAGAUGGCACAGAACUCCGUGCGCCUCAACUACGGCAUCCCUGCCAUCGUCAAGCUGCUCAACCAGCCCAACCAGUGGCCACUGGUCAAGGCUACCAUAGGUCUGAUCCGCAACCUGGCUCUGUGCCCAGCCAACCAUGCCCCUCUCCAGGAGGCUGCUGUCAUCCCCCGCCUGGUCCAGCUGCUGGUCAAGGCUCACCAGGAUGCCCAGCGGCAUGCAGCAGCUGGCACGCAGCAGCCAUACACAGAUGGAGUGAAGAUGGAGGAGAUCGUGGAGGGGUGCACAGGGGCACUGCACAUCCUGGCCCGGGACCCCAUGAACCGCAUGGAGAUCUUCCGCCUCAACACCAUCCCUCUCUUCGUGCAGCUUCUCUACUCGCCCGUGGAGAACAUCCAGCGCGUGGCUGCUGGUGUCCUGUGCGAGCUGGCACAGGACAAGGAGGCUGCGGAUGCCAUCGAUGCGGAGGGCGCCUCGGCCCCACUGAUGGAGCUGCUGCACUCCAGGAAUGAGGGCACAGCCACCUACGCAGCUGCUGUGCUCUUCCGCAUCUCGGAGGACAAGAACCCUGACUACCGCAAGAGAGUCUCCGUGGAGCUCACCAACUCCCUCUUCAAGCACGACCCAGCAGCCUGGGAGGCGGCUCAGAGCAUGAUCCCCAUCAACGAGCCCUACUCUGAUGAGCUGGACCCUGGCUACCGCCCAAUGUACUCUGGUGACAUCCCCCUGGACCCCAUGGACAUGCACAUGGACAUGGACGGAGACUACCCCAUGGACGCCUACAGCGAUGGCGUCCGGGCACCCUUCGCCGACCACAUGCUGGCCUAA